CUCGUUUAUUUUAGGGUUUGGUAUUUGGAGAAGCAGAGAGCCGCCGUCGCGACCGUAGAAGCAGCAGAAAUGGCGAAGAUCAAGGUGCACGAGUUGAGACAGAAAUCGAAAGAAGAUCUCUUGAACCAGUUGAAGGAUCUUAAGGCGGAGCUCGCUCUCCUCCGUGUCGCCAAGGUCACCGGCGGUGCUCCUAACAAGCUCUCCAAGAUAAAGGUGGUGAGGUUGAACAUUGCCCAGGUGUUGACAGUGAUUUCACAGAGGCAGAAGGCAGCACUGAGGAAUGUAUACAAGAAGAAGAAGUUCUUGCCCCUUGAUCUGCGUCCCAAGAAGACCAGAGCCAUCAGGAGAAGGCUUACCAAGCACCAGUAUGCCAUUAAGGUGUAGGAUAGUUUUAUUAGUUAGAAUUCUAUUAUUAACUGCUAUGCACAUUUACUUGUCCCAGUCGUGUUUGAGAACUUGAGUUUGUGUUUUUGUUUAAUUUUUAUAUGUGAACUUGGGAUCAUCAACCAAGAUGCAGAGCUUUUUUGACUCAAUGGUGUUUCCUCUAUUUCUCUUGAAAUCCAAAGUGGAUUUUGGUUCCUCUUUGAUGACUAUUUAAGGUUUCUUCCUUGCAUAUGAGAAUCUACUUUU